AUGAGUGUACGAACCGAGCGAUUUGAGAGUUUCCUCGAGAUCCUCGUGAGGAGGCUGAAAGGAAAAGUUAAAGGCUGGAACAGUGAUCAUGAGAAGUGUGACCCCAACACAAUGAGUGAUGUCGUCAAUAAAUUUAAUGGUUGUUCGAUAAUUAAGAUAAUAUUAGGGUAUGUAAUAAUCGUAAUAUUUAUCAUUGGAGCUUCAAUAGAAGAAGACGAUAACAAGUCGCAAAAUGAGGAGAAGAGCCUGGCUUCUGGAAUUUCAGAGUAA